ACAAAGUUUAAUUUUAUUUUUUGUAAACCAAUAAUGAUGAAGGAAGGUGUUUAAGUGUCUUAAUUUUAGUGUUUAAAUGUUUUUUUUUUGUGUAUUGAAAAACAAAUAUAUGUUCAUAUGUAGUUUAGCUGAUACUAAUGACCACCAGUAGCGAAAUUACUUUGAUAUUUUUAUUUGUUUUGUGCAUUGGAGGUAUUGGAGAAAGAAGUUCUAGAAAACAUACUAUAUUUGCACCAAGUUCUUCUCAUGCUUUACGUCAUUCUGCUAAGAGGCACAUGCUUGCUCAUGUUGAAAAUGGAGAUAAUUCUUCAUCCAUAGUAAUAGAUUAUACAAAACUUUAUUCAGACUCUCUGAUCCAGCCUUUUGCUUCUAUUAAAGCUGAAAGCAAUCACACUACAACAUCGAGCCUGACUACUGAAAGUAUUUCUGAUAGUUGUCAAACCAAUGCUCCCUGUUACACUUUGAGUGGAAGCUGUAUAAAGUGCACUUUUAAUUAUUCAUGUAUAUAUGGAGAAGAUACUAAUAUAACUUGUGAAGCUAUAAAUGCAAAAUGUACAGGUAAUCGAACUUUUAUUAAGACUCAUGUUUGUCGUUACUGUUAUCAGACUCCAAGUCAUGAACAUACUUGUCAACGAAAUACAUCUUGCCAUGUUGUAAGUGCUCCUCGCCAAAGAUAUGUAACUAAAUGUACGGUAAAGCCUCAUGUUUUAUGUUUAGGUAAUAAAAAUUUUGCUAAGCAUGUGCCAUGCAACUGGACAAAAGGAUACAGCUGGGGAACAGCUCUACUUUUGAGCAUUGUCUUUGGUGGCUUUGGUGUAGACCGUUUCUAUUUGGGAAUGUGGCAAGAAGGAAUUGGAAAACUUUUCAGUUUUGGUGGCUUAGGAGUGUGGACUCUCAUUGAUGUUAUAUUAAUAGCAACUGGAUAUUUAGGACCUGCAGACCAUUCACUUUAUAUAAGAAAUUGAUUAUAGAUGUAUAUACUUUUAUAAAUUAAAUAUUUGUAUAUAUAGUUAUGUUUCUAAUUUAUUUUUAUGAUAAUUUUUAAAACUGAGAAAAUUGUUUAGUAAACAAAGAAUAAAAUUUAUGAUAAAUGAAUGUUUAAUGUCUAAGCAUUUACAGAUAUUUAUUCUUUUAUAUUUAAGCCCUGUUUAAAGUGCACUUUACAGUUACUCAGUAAUGGCUUGUACAUUGGGGCUGCAGAUUUGUGGCAUUUACUAGUUUCUUCAAACAUUUAUGUAUUAUUAUGAUAGUAUUUGUUGACAAUUCAUUAAUGAAUCUUAAUUCUGUGAUCUUACGGAAUUGAUAAUAUGAAUGAUUUAAGUGUGCAUAUUGGAUGGCUUAUAGAUAGCCAAAAAAGGAUGUUAUUGGGACUGCAAAGUUAAGUAGCCUUUCUUUAUUACAUUUAAUUUCAGAAUUUAACCAUCCAUUCUGAUGGUAAUUGUUUCUCUCUAAUGUUUUGAUUGAGUUUUUGUUUCUGUGUACUACGUAAAUGUUUUCUUAUUCUAUUUCUUUAUGUAAUAAGUUAUUCAGAAAAAGAUAACUGUUCUUCACAGUGAAAAUAAACUUAUUUUUGUGUACAUUUUUAAAUAGUGUUUCUACAUUAAUUGGAAACAAUGACAGUAAACAGACAUUAACACUAUUUAUUCAAUGCUAUUAAAAGGAAAUAAAUGUUUAAAUCUGCCAUAAAAUAUAAAGGUUUUUGAUUAAUAAAAUUUUAAAGGCAGUUUUUGAAUACAUUUUGCAGUACUACUCAUCUUUUUGAAUUUUUGAAUGGACACUGAAGAUAUUUGUUUACUAGUCCCAGUUAUAAA